AAUACGCCUUAUUUAAGCUAUAAAGCCUAGAUAGUUUUGAUCAAAAGCAUCGUAGAUAGCGAGAAUUGAAUAUAUCUUUAUAGUUUACUUAUUCGCAAAGAGAGAAUAGAAAAAAAAAAAAAUUUAUAUAAACAAUAUAAUGAGGGAUAGAAGCCCGGAUAUUGAAAGCAAUCGAACUAUUGUAGAAUUAUUGAUUGUGGCGGAUAAGAGUUAUGAUUAUGUUAAAUCUAGCAGAAGAAAGAAAUGCGAGAAAAUUGACUUAGGCGAUAAAUUUAUAGCUCCUGAUGGCGGUUGGGGUUGGCUGGUCGCCAUAGCUAGUGGCGUUAGUUUGUUGGUAACGGUAGCGAUAACUCAACAAUUUGGCUUAAUAUUUCGUGAUUAUAUGAUAACAUUGGGCAUAACCAGUUCACAAUUAACUACAAUCAUUAAUGUGCAAAUUGCUGCAUCGUCUUUUAGUGGUCUUCUUAAUGGGCCGUUAUUUCGAAGAUUAUCGUACCGUCAGGUGGCUUUGAUCGGUUCAUUUUUAAUGUUUUUCGGUCUCUUCACAUCAACAAUCGCUGAUUCGUUUAUUUUCUAUAUUUUCUCCUAUUCAUGCUGUUAUGGCCUGGGUCGUGGCUUAAUAUUAUCUGCGUCCUCUUUAGCAGUUAAUACAUUUUUUAAAAAGAAACGUUGCACUGCGACUGCUUAUCAGUUCGGUGUAUCGGGAAUAGGUCCAAUUUGUUUACCAUAUCUUACCACUUAUCUAUUGGAAUAUUAUGGCGUCAAGGGCACUGUUCUUUUAUUUGCUGGCUUCGCUUUAAACGCAAUACCUUGUUCCCUUGUUUAUCAGCCAGUCAAAUGGCAUAUUAAGCAAAGUUUUGCGAAUGCGAAUAUGAAACUAAAUGAAACUGCGGAACGAACAACUCCCGUAUUGUCGCGUGCUCGUAACAAUUGCUUUCGUUCAUGUCCAUCACUGCCUAUGAUCUCGUAUAAGAAUUCUGCAAACGGUACGGAGCAGCGAGUCGAAGUGUCCGAUUUGCAAUCAUUAAAGAACUCAAAGAGUUGUUACAAAAAAGCAUUCACAUCGUCAUUGACUCAUAUAACGAAAGGCAAGACAAUCGGACAAACUUUUGGCAAAUCUCAGCAAAAGAAAGAUGAAAAGAGACCUUGGCAUAUGGUUGAUUAUCGAAAGAUUAUUGCGUUCUUUGAUUUAGAUUUAUUGCGUGACUUAAGUUACGUGAAUUUGGCUGUAGGCCUGACUUUGAUAAGUUUCGUUGAAGUCAAUUUCACUAUACUGACACCGUUUAUAUUGUCGGAUUUUGGUUUUGCCAAUUCCGAAAUUGCGACGGCCAUGUCAUCGUUGGGCAUUAGUGACUUAAUCAUGCGUUUCAUGAUACCCUUAAUAACAUCAAAAAUGAAUUAUAAUAAUAAAACGUUUGUAAUAGGAGGCUUAUUGGGCAUGUGCUUAGGACGUGCUAUUCUUUCAUUGACGCGUAACUUUUAUGUUAUGUUGACGAUAUUUUUAUGGUUUGGUUUGAAUAAAGCCUUUCGUUUGGUGUUUUGGUGCCUAAUCAUACCAGCCCAUGUGCCAUUAAAACGUUUGCCAGCCGCAUCCGGCUUACAGCUAUUAAUGACCGGCUUAUUCUCUUUCGCUUUUGGACCAUUGAUUGGUUUGAUACGCGAUAAUACCAGUUAUGCUGUUACAUUAAAUUGCCUCAAUGCAUUAUGUCUGCUGGCGAUUCUUUUAUGGAUGUUAGAAGAUGUCGUGCGUAGGUUUAAGUUAAGAAAGAAGAAAAGUAAAUUGAAAUCCGUGAUGGAUACAUUGCAAUAAUGUCAUGUAUUAUAAGUAAGAUUUAUCUAUAAAAUUAGUCAAAUAGAUUUGCGGAAUUUAUUAUUUACUGAACGUACGUGAAACUCGCA